AGCGUGGGUGCUGCUGAGGGCAGCGGGGGCUGCCGGGUUUCCUCUUGAGUCAGCGGGGCCGCAAUUCCUGCGGGAGCUGCGGGACUGGAGCGGGGAACGCGAGCGGGGCUGAGCCCUGUGCCCGUGGAGGGGAAGCUGUCCUGCUGCUGCUCACCUGGCCAAAGCUGAGGACGGGCUUAUCCCGACCCUUCCCGUGCAACUGACACCUGGGAAUGCCGCCAGAGCAUCGCGGAGGCUGCGGGAGCUGCGGGAGCGGAGCGGGAUGAGCGGGAGCUGCGGGAGCUGCGGGAUGUGCGGGAGCUGCGGGAGCGGAGCGGGAUGUGCGGGAUGUGCGGGAGCUGCGGGAGCGGGCUCCAUGAGAGCAGGGCUGCGUUCCCCCUGCCCCGAGCCAUGCAGUGACCCGGGCACAGCCCCCAGGCAUGGCCCAGUCCCGGGCCAACGGCUCCCACUACGCCCUGACAGCCAUCGGGCUGGGCAUGCUGGUGCUGGGCAUCAUCAUGGCCGUGUGGAACCUGGUGCCCGGCCUCGGGCCGCCCGACAAGCCCGGCGGCAACAGCAGCAAGCCCGAGCGCGGCUCCGGGGGCGUCCUCAGGAGCAAAACCUUCUCGGUGGCCUACGUGCUGGUGGGAGCAGGGCUGCUGCUGCUGCUGCUCUCCCUCUGCCUCAACGUCCGGGACAAGAAGAGGCAGAGCCAGGAGCUCGCCAUGGCCCAGGCGCAGCGCCAGGCGAGCGCAGAGCCCUCGCAGCAGGAGGACAGCCAAGAAGAGGAUGAGGACGUCUCCUCGCAGUACUACGUGCCCAGCUACGAGGAGGUGAUGAACACAGGCUACUCAGAGCCCAGGGACUCGGACAGGAGCACCAGGCUCAGCGUCUCCCUGCCCUCCUACGAGUCCCUGGCAGGGCUGGAGGAGGGCAGCCAGGUGCCAGGAGCAGCAGGCACGGAGCCUGGCACGGAGAGACCGCCCAGCAGGCACAGCUCCCGCCUCAGCAAGCGCCUCAAGCCCCUCAAGGUCCGCAGGAUCAAGUCAGAGAAGCUGCACCUGAAGGACAUCAGGUUAAACCUGGCACAGGGCAACAGCAGCGUCCCCAUCACGAUAGAGCCCCUCACUCCUCCUCCCAAGUAUGAGGAGAUCCAGGAGAAAAUGCCAGUGAGCCAGCAAAUGCCUUAAAAAACAAACCAACAGACAAACAGGAAUCUGUGAUGCUGCUUGGUUGGGGGUUUUCUAAAACCCACCGUGCCAAGAGGGGUUUGGUGUGUGGGUGCAGAAGCAGCCAGGGCUCCCUGGGAGCUGCCAUGUGGAGGAUGUGCUGUGGACAAGGAUGGGACUCGUUUUCCCUGGGCCUGGGUUUUACAAGAGACUGUGGGGGAAGAAACCUGAACACUACAAGUUCUGCUGCUGUGAAGUAAAUGAAGGCUGGACAUGCCAAAAGUGUCACUUGUGUUUGUUGUGAGACCAUCCAGUGCAUCCUCUCAUCUCCUCUCCCCCUCACUUCCAGCAAGACUUUACAAGCCACCAAACUGAUACUGCAGAAGGAUUUUCCAAGUGGAAAAGUGAAAUGUUUCUUUUUUUUGUGUGUCUUUUCUCUCUGAGGAAGGGGAAGCCCGUUGCCAGAGCAGCACCACGGCUUUCCCUGGCUCCCAGCUGGGCUGGGCUGGUGGCCCAGAGCCAGCCCUGACUCCUGCCAAGGUCUCUGCUGGCUGCUGGGAAGCAGCUGAGAGGGGCCUCCUGCUCCUCAGGGAGAGGAUGGAUUUCUUGCCUCUGUUGCCUUCCCUGAUGUGUUUUGUGCUGCAUUUGAGGCGAGUGGGUGACUCUGGGGGUUGGGAGCUGCGUGCUCCAGUGCCAGGGAGGAAACCACUGCUGAGCAUCCUGUGCAGGCAGAGUGGUCUGAAUAAAUGUUUUGUAC